AUGUUGCUAGUGAGCAUGGUCUGCUUCUUGGGUUGGUUGUGGCUACAUGUUGUCGAGAGGCUUUCCAAUAUGCAUUAUGGUCUUGAGACCUUCAGGGGGUUCCGCCGCCUCAUGAAAAGUAUCUCACGGCUUGCUCUGCAUAUAUUGUUGGCAAAACUAUAUCUGCUAUACCAAGCAGAACAUAUAACCAAAGUGUUGGUUUACCAGAGUCAAAGCCAAAGUUCUCUGCCUCUUUUCACUUGA